GCGUACUUUUGACCGGCCCCCCAGCAGAGACCACAGCCUGUUCUCUCCUGCUGCUGCUUGCUGUCACACCCCCUCCUGGCGCUCUCCUCUGUGCACCUGCUUUUUUAAAAAGGGGGGUUUGUGACCACUGUCUGAUCUGGGACCUCCCUGCCAUUGAGGGGGUCCUGCUCUUUCCUUUAGGGGUGCGUUUUACUGCAGGUGAGGAGCCAUGAAGUGGAGCUGGGUGCUUUUGGGGGUUCUGCUCUCUUUUGGGGGGCUGUCCUGGGGGGAGAUAGGGCUGGAUUUCCCCGAAUACGAUGGAAAGGACCGGGUCCAUGACCUUAACUCCAAGAACUACAAGUCAGUGAUGAAAAAGUACGAUGUGAUGGUCAUCUACUACCACCAGCACGUGGGAGAGAGCCGGCUGGCUAAGAAGCAGUUUGAGAUGGAGGAGCUGGCCUUGGAGUUGCUUACCAGUCCUGUUGCCCUGACUUACCAGCUUGCUGCUCAGGUCCUGGAUGACCUUGAUGAUGAAGACAUUGGUUUUGGCCUCAUUGAUGAGAAGAAGGACAAGGUUGUCGCCAGAAAACUGGGUCUGGAUGAGGUGGAGAGCAUCUAUAUCUUCUCUGACGAUGAGAUCAUCGAGUAUGAUGGCGAGCUGGCAGCUGACACCCUGGUAGAGUUCCUCUAUGAUGUAAUUGAAGACCCAGUGGAGAUUAUUGAUAAUGAAAGAGAACUGAAAGGGUUCCAUAAUCUCGAUGAAGACAUCAAACUGGUCGGCUACUUUAAGAGCGAGAAGUCUCCUUACUUUGUGGAGUUUGAGGAUGCAGCUGAGGAGUUCCACCCCUUCAUUAAGUUCUUCGUCACUUUCGACUCCAAGAUUGCUAAGAAGUUAAAGUUGAAGAUCAAUGAGGUGGACUUCUAUGAGCCCUUCAUGGACGAACCUGUCGCAAUCCCUGGAAGACCCUACACUGAGGCUGAGCUGGUUGAUUUCAUUGAAGAACAUGACAGACCAACUCUGAGGAAACUGGAGCCUCACAGCAUGUAUGAGACAUGGGAGGAUGACAUUGAUGGACAGCACAUUGUUGCCUUUGCAGAGGAGGAUGACCCAGAUGGUUAUGAAUUUCUAGAGAUUCUGAAGGAAGUGGCUCAGGAAAACACAGACAACCCUGAUCUCAGUAUCAUCUGGAUUGAUCCGGAUGAUUUCCCCCUGCUUGUGCCCUACUGGGAGAAGACGUUCGACAUUGACCUGUCCUCCCCACAGAUUGGUGUCGUUGAUGUUGAAGAUGCCGAUAGCGUGUGGAUGGAGAUGGAUGAUGAUGAAGACAUGCCCACUGCAGAUGAGCUGGAGGACUGGAUCAAUGAUGUGUUGGCCGGCAGAAUCGAUCCUGAUGAUGAUGAUGAUGAUGAUGAUGAUGAUGAUGAUGAUGAUGACGACGAUGAUGACGACGAUGAUGAUGAUGAUGACGAUGACGAUGAUGAUGACGACGAUGACGACGAUGACGACGACGACAACGAUGACGACGAUGACGACGAUGACGACGACGACGACGAUGAUGAUGAUGAUGAUGAUGAUGAUGAUGAUGAUGAAUAGAUUUUUGCGUUCAUCUUGUGAUUUGUUUGGCCAGGUCUGGUCAGAUGUCAUCACAGAUGUUAAAGCCCUAAGUCACCGGUGUCUUUACACUUCCCUCCUCCCUGUCAUCUCAAACUCAUCUCCUGUCUUAUUUGUGUAAAAGCCACUUCCUGUCUCACCAGCCACACUUGGAAAGUCCCUCUGAGGUCCAGCCUCUCUCAUCUGACGACAGGUUUUAGGCCUCCAUGUUUGCCUGAUGUCAGAUCUCAGAUAUCACAAACAACGCUGAGUCAUGUUCACUGCUGCCUGAUGUAAACCCACAGAGCAUUGAAAAGGAGGUCCACUCACUGUUCUUCCAAACCAGCAGCUCACCAGCCAGGUCUUUCAACUGCUCACUCGCUUCUCAGGAAAACUGAAAGCGUGCUGUGUAAAGAUUAAUUUCUAUAUUUUAAAGGGGGCAUGUCCUCCUGCUGAGACAGCCAGAGAGUUUAUGUUGGUGUUGCUGUGUGUGCGCCACCCCCACUUCUUCCAGUCACAACACACAAGGGCUGACCAGGGCCACGCCCCCUUUCAUCUGUCACAUGACACACAAUGGCUGACCAGGGCUACACUCCCUUUUAUCUGUCACAUGACACACAACGGCUGACCAGGGCCACACCCCCUUUAUCUGUCACAUGACACACAAUGGCUGACCAGGGCCACACCCCCUUUUAUCUGUCACAUGACACACAAUGGCUGACCAGGGCCACACCCCCUUUUAUCUGUCACAUGACACACAAUGGCUGACCAGGGCCACACCCCCUUUUAUCUGUCACAUGACACACAAUGGCUGACCAGGGCCACACCCCCUUUUAUCUGUCACAUGACACACCACAGCUGACCAGGGCCACACCCCCUUGACCUGUCACUUGAAAUACUGUAAAUCAACAUAAAUUGUUCAUUCUGGUAAAAAAAAAAAAAAAAAAAAAAAAAA